CGGGUCAAAACCAAAACAGAGCUUGGUUUAUUUGACUUCCUGUAUUGAAAUGAGCCGUUUGCAAAUAAUGGUUUGUUGUGGAUCCAAUCAUUAUCUCACCUAUUUCAAGGCUUCUCUUAACAUUGUCAGUGUUUUAAGUGGUGGGGCAUUCAUAGUAUGAGUCGGGCUGUCAUUCAGAUUGUCCCAGAAUGCAAAUCUGUACAGGUCUUUUUUAUUUUCACUUUCACAAUCAAGUCGGACAGAUAACCUGACAGAAACUGCUGACUUCCCGCGUUUUUCUCAGGCGUGAGGAUGAGGACGUUAACUGUCACCAUCCUGGUGCUCCUGCAUGUAUCCUUUGCCCCGUCUUUGGCGGCACAGCUUCCAGGAGACCAUGAUACCAACGACAAGUCUUCCUCACUUCUACCUCCCAUCGCCACUAAUGGCCAACCUUUCCCCUGGAUCCAUAUGAGACUUCCUGAAACUGUCUCUCCAAUCCACUAUGACCUCCUCGUCCACCCUAACCUGACCAGCCUAGACUUCACCGGAGAGGUGCAGAUUCAACUCCAGGUCUUCGAGGACACCUCUACCAUCAUCCUCCACAGCAAGGACCUCCAGAUAGCUAAAGCUGAGCUCUUGGCACCGGAAGGUCCAGGGUCACUGCCAGUGCCUCUGCAGGUGUUGGAGUACCCAGCCUUCCACCAGCUAGCUCUGAUGUCUGAUGUGCUGCUGGUUAGAGGUGGGAUGUACAAGGUUCGUCUGGAGUUCUCUGCCAACCUGUCUGACAGUUUCCACGGUUUCUACAAGAGCUCCUAUCGCACAACUAAGGGAGAGGUCAGGUUUAUGGCGUCCACUCAGUUUGAAGCGACCAGUGCCCGAGCAGCCUUCCCCUGUUUCGAUGAGCCGGCGUUCAAAGCCAACUUCACCAUUCAGAUACGGCGGGAGUCACGCCACAUCGCCCUCUCCAACAUGCCCAAGGUAAAGACAGUAGAGUUACCAGGUGGCGUGCUGGAGGACCACUUUGACACCAGCGUUAGGAUGAGCACCUACCUGGUGGCCUUCAUCGUCUCUGACUUCCAGUCUGUCAGCAAGACCACCAGUCACGGAGUCAAGAUCUCAGUGUAUGCUGUACCAGACAAGAUCAACCAGACAGACUUUGCCCUGAAUGCUGCAGUCAGACUGUUGGACUUCUACGAUGACUACUUUGACAUCCCAUAUCCUCUACCCAAACAGGACCUGGCAGCUAUCCCAGACUUCCAGUCGGGUGCGAUGGAGAACUGGGGUCUGACCACAUACCGAGAGGCUGGGCUGCUCUUUGACCCCAACAAGAGCUCCGCCUCUGACAAGCUAGGCAUCACCAUGGUGAUCGCACAUGAGCUGGCACACCAGUGGUUCGGUAACCUGGUGACCAUGCAGUGGUGGAAUGACCUGUGGCUCAACGAGGGCUUUGCAAAGUUCAUGGAGUUUGUGUCAGUUAACAUCACCAACCCUGAGCUGCAAGUGAAUGACUUCUUCCUAGGGAAGUGUUUUGAGGCGAUGGAGGUGGAUUCAUUAAGCUCCUCCCACCCUGUUUCCAGCCAGGUGGACACUCCUACUCAGAUCCAGGAGAUGUUUGACGAUGUCUCCUAUGAUAAGGGGGCGUGUAUUUUGAACAUGCUGAGAGACUUCCUGACCCCAGAGGCGUUUAAGAUUGGUAUUGUCCGCUACCUCAGACGUUACAGCUAUCAGAACACUGUCAACAGCCAUCUGUGGGAGAGCCUCACUAACAUCUGCCAGUCAGAUGAUCUGGAUGAGGGCAGACUGAAAGACGAGGGGUUCUGUUCUCAGGAGAAGGCCCAGUCUGGAGCUCCUAAGUGGUACUCAGGCGAUCAGCUGGAUGUGAGGGCCAUCAUGGACACGUGGACGCUGCAGGAGGGGUUUCCCCUGGUCACUGUAGAGGUCAGGGGUCGCCAGGUCAGACUCAGCCAGGAGAGAUACCUCAAGACUGACGAUCCCUCACAGACACACGGCUUCCUGUGGCAGGUUCCUCUGACCUACAUCACCAGCAGCUCCAGCACAGUGCAUCGCUUCCUGCUCAAGACCAGGACAGACGUGCUGUACCUACCAGAGGAGGUGGGGUGGAUCAAGUUUAACGUGGAUAUGAGUGGUUACUACAUGGUCCAUUACGAGGGGGAAGGCUGGCGUUCUCUGACCUCCCUGCUGCUAACCAAUCACAGGGCUCUGAGCUCCAACGACCGCGCUUCCCUCAUCAACAAUGCCUUCCAAUUGGUCAGUGUUGGUAAGGUAGGACUGGACACAGCCUUGGACCUGUCUUUGUAUCUGUCCAAGGAGACAGACAUCAUGCCUGUCACCCAGGGUCUGGGGGAGCUGGUCCCUCUCUACAAACUGAUGGAGAAGAGAGACAUGGAGGGUCUGGAGAACCAGAUGAAGGGCUACAUUGUGGAGCUGUUCCGGGGUUUGAUAGACCGUCAGACGUGGAGUGACGACGGCUCUGUUUCCCAGAGGGUUCUAAGGAGCUACCUGCUGCUGUUCGGCUCUGUCAGGAACCAUCCCCCCUGUGUCGCUACCGCCACACACCUCUUCAACAAGUGGAGGGCCUCCGACGGCAACAUGAGUCUCCCCAGUGAUGUUAGCUUGGCGGUGUUUGCCAUUGGUGCUCGUGACCCCGAGGGGUGGGAUUUCCUCUUUGAGAAGUACCGCCAUUCGCAGCACACAUCUGUCAAGAGCCGCAUCAAGUCUGCCCUGUCCAUCAGCCCUCUGCAACACAAGCUAAAGCGGUUAAUGGAGCAGAGUCUUGCGGGCGAGGUGAUGAAGACUCAGGACCUUCCUCAUGUGGUCAUCUCUGUCAGCAGGAACCCCAAAGGGUACAAGCUGGCCUGGGACUUCCUCAGACACAACUGGCACACACUGGUGAAGAAGUUUGACCUGGGGUCCCACUCUAUCUCAGGCAUGGUGACCGGUGUGACCAACCAGUACUCCACCAGGGAGAUGCUGGACGAGGUUCGCGGGUUCUUUGACUCUCUGUCUGAGGAGACAGGUUCUGGUCUGAGGUGUAUCCAGCAGACAUAUGAAAGCAUUGAGGAGAACAUCCGCUGGAUGGACCAGCACCUGCCCCAGCUAAAGGCCUGGCUGGACAGACAGGCCCAGGGAGCCAGGACAGAGACACAGGGCCACGAGGAUCUAUAGGCCUUCUAUGCAGUACAGGGCAGGGUCUAGAGCAGGGUUCCCCAACUAACGGGCCGUGGGAAAACUUUGGCCCGCAGCAGGUUUUAUUUGGCCCCCCAAGUUUUCUGAGAAAAUAAUUAAAUAUAUAUAUAUAUAUAUAUAUUUUUUUUUUUAAUUGUUGGACAUAAGACUGUAAAAACACCAGGAAAUCAACCAAGUCAUUUUAAUUUAAGAAAUCUGUUCUCAAGUAUUCCCACGUAUAAUAGAGACAGGUGAUCGUAAGCAAGAUUUGAAAUAUUUAUGUUUUAGUCAAACAUAUCUUUUUGGGCUUCUUGCGGGCAACAAAUGAUUUGUAAUUAUGUUCCGGCCCCCCCUGCUCAAGAGAAAAAUCGUCCCGCGGCGGAAUCUAGUCGAUGAUCCCUGGUCUAGAGCGCAGAAUGAGCAUGGCCGUGUUUGAGAGCAUCGAAACCGGGAUGUAUUGUGUGUAAAUUGUGACUGACUGACGUAGAAAUAAUAUUGAGUAGUUAUUUAUGAUGCAAGAUGAUUUGUAGAUUAGUCAGUCUCAACUCACCUUUAAAGAAUAAUAUUUCCUCAGUGCAUUGAGCAGUGUUGGUAACACUGGAUGUCACAUUUCUGUCUGAGACGAAGGUCGGCCCAAGGCUAAAACCCUAAACUUUUUUUUAUAUUUUUCAUCUUAGGUAAAUUUAUAAGAAUUGACUCGGUUAAUUAGUUAUCCUCACCCCAACCUUAAACAGACGUGUGACUAUGACUGUUUGUCAUUUUUUUGUGAUGAAUUUAUUUUACAAUACUGUCAGCAUAAAUAUGUGAGCCUUUACUUUCUUUUUUAAUAUAGAAUGGUUGUCCCCACUUCUUACGGGAUCAUAACCACCAGGAGAUUUUCUCCACAUAAGCGUUUCCAGGAGAAACAGCACAGUCCUGCAUCUCAGAGGAGGCUCCUUCUAUUGCAUUUGUUGCAUUUAUGAUGUAAUGAUUUGGCUUCAUAAUGUCUCAAUGCAGUACAUGCUCUGAUCUCAGAUUAUGCCCUGCUGGAGUUUUUUUUUUUUGGCCUGUGUGUUUUUCAGAUUUUGUGAGAAUUAAAUGUUGACAAGAAUCUGUAUUUUGUUAAAAUAUAGAAUGAAAAAUAUUGAUUGUGAAACCCUGUCAUUUAUUGGAUGGCUCUAGCUAAGAGAUGGGGACAGACAGACGAGUCUAAAUGAAUAAAGAGAACAUACAAUAAUA